AUGUCCGAAGAGCUGGAAAAAUCUCGGAGUCCUUAUCUACGGCCAGACUUUCAGCGUGAGAGCCUCGAAUGGAAGCAGCUCAACGGAUCGUGGAGUUUUGCUUUCGACGACAAAGACGAAGGACUUCACCAAUGGAUGCUGCCUGAGGGCCUGCCCGACGACAAACCCCAGAAGAUAAAUGUGCCUUUCGUGUAUCAGACUCCUGCAUCUGGCAUCGACAAGCAGCAGGCCCAUCCAAUAGUUUGGUACCAGACCGAGAUAUCCAGCAUCACUGGCUCUUCGACAGCGAAGACAUCCCGCACGCUAUUGAGAUUUGGUGCUGUCGAUUACGAAGCAACAGUAUGGCUUGCUGGCCAACUAGUAGGUAAGCAUCGUGGAGGUCAUGUCCCCUUUGACUUCGACGUGACCGAGCUGCUAAAUGAUGGAGCGCCGAAAGUGUUGACUGUUCGUGUCUGGGAUGCUCCGACUGACCUUACCCAACCUCGAGGCAAGCAGUACUGGGGGCCCAAACCUGAAAGCAUCUUCUACACGCCCUCAACAGGCAUAUGGCAGUCCGUCUGGCUUGAGAACGUUCCGAGCAGCCGUAUUGCGGAUAGCAGCCAUGGCACAACCAUCAAGGCAAAUAACAUCGAGACAGGCGAGAUCGAAGCCGAGGUCUCUGCCAUUGGUCGAUUUGAGAAACCUUGCCAAAUCAGAAUCACUGCAAGCCUUGCUGGCACAGAGAUUGCGAAAAGUGAUCCUACCGAAGUUAGCAUAGAGACAGGUUUGGCAAAGUUAAAGCUGUGCCUUCGCCUGAAGGACGAACGUUUAAAUAGUAUGCCGAAGGACUUCCUUGACGCCCACCCUGCAUCCGAUGAGACAUGUUGGCACAACAAGCUCGCCCUCUGGUCACCAGAACACCCUAUCCUCUACGAUUUGACCAUCACACUAUCCUCUGCCAACGGUGACAUCCUCGACGAAGUCAAGACCUACACCGGUAUGCGCUCCAUCUCCUGGAACAACAACGACGGCACGUUCCGCCUCAACAAUCGUCCUUACUUCCAAGCUCUAGUCCUUGACCAAGGCUACUGGCCACACACAAACAUGACUCCUCCCGAUCCUCAAUCAUGCAAACAAGACAUCCUCCUAUCUAAAGCAAUGGGCUUCAACGGCUGCAGAAAACACCAAAAAGUCGAAUCUCCUGAAUUCCUCUACUGGGCUGACAAACUCGGCUACCUAGUCUGGGGCGAGAUAGCAAACGCGUAUGAGUUCAGCACACAAUACGUCGACCGCUUCGACCAGGAAUGGAAAGAGGCUGUUCGCAGAGACAUAAACCAUCCCUGCAUCGUGGCAUGGACACCCGUGAACGAAACCUGGGGCUACGGCAACUUAGCAAACAGCGAGACCGAACAAAACCACAUCAGAAGCCUGUACUACACAACCAAAACCCUCGACCCAACCCGCCCGGUCAACGACAACUGCGGUUGGGAACACGUCUGCACAGACCUAACCACCUUCCACGACUACAGCGACGGUCCACAACUGCAAAACAUCUGCUCAAGCAUGACCACUAUCCUCGAACCCCACGGCGGUCGACCCAUGUGCGUUGGCGGCGCACAACACAAACACGGCGCUCCAGUGAUAUGCACUGAGUUCGGAGGCGUCAAUAUUAAACCGCAACAAGGCGACAAAGAAAUCGAAGGAAGCUGGGGGUAUACCACGGCCUCAGACGCGAAUGACCUGCUUGAGCGCGUGAGAAGGCUUAUGCUCGGAGUCGUUGAGGGAGGACAUUGUUGCGGGUUCGUGUAUACUCAGUUGACGGAUAUUGAACAGGAGACGAAUGGACUAUAUACGUUUGAUAGGAAAGAGAAACUGCCUGCGGCCGAGGUUAAGAAGAUUAUUGAGGAGGCCAAGAGGAUUUAUUUCGAGAGCUUGGAGGAAGUAAGAAAAAUAAAGUAA